AUGCACUUAAUUAGUUAUUUUAUUUGUAUUCUUUUAUUUUUUAAAAGUAAAGGAUUUCAUUGUAGUCCAGGAUGUACAUCUGAAUGUAUUGCAGAUUAUACAUGUCUAGAUUCCUGUUCAAGUGAAUAUGAAAAUGACCAUUCAUGUGAUCAUUGUACACCGUUUGAUUCAACUUUAGAAAUUUCAGAAACAAAUCCAUUAUUUAAUAAUUUUGAGGGAAUGUGUUCAUUAAUAAGUCCUUCUAAAGUUGUAAAGAAAAAAACAUUAAUACCAGAUUCUAUUACUGAACUUGAAAAUGAAAAAAGUAUUACUUUAAAUUUUGAUAGUACAACUUUUUAUGAUUCUGGACCUUGUCAUUAUAAAGACAUUAAUAACCAAAUGAUUUAUAGAAAGGGUCAUUGGUUCUUUGUAGAUUUUAAUAAAAUUGAUUCAAUGACAAAAGUUAUUAUGUUUAGUGUAAUUCAUAAUGAUUUAUCAAAUAAACAAGAUGUUAGAAUUGAUUCAACUGAUUCAAAUCAAAAUGAUAAAACAUUUAGAUGUUUUACUAUGGAUAUUUUAUCAUCUAAAGUUAAUUCAACAACAUUUCCUAUACCAGUUCCACGUUUUGUUACAUCUAAUCAUGAACAUCGUUUAUAUUUUUUUGUUUAUGUAACAAGUGACCAAAGCACUUCAAUUACAAUAUCUAUAAAAGCAAUGGAUAGUUAUAGUCCAAGAAAUGAUUUAGUAAUAAAUCAAGAUAUACUUGAUGCAUUAAUGGCAAAUGGAGGAUCAACAGAAGUAAUACUUGAUAAUACUCAACAAGGUCAAAACUUUUAUCCUGCAUGUAUUCCUGAUAAACUAAUGAAAGGUCAUUUCUUUGAACAAAAUAUUGAUUCAAAAUAUAGAAUUGCUGUUGAUGUUUCAUUUGAUAAUAGAAUAAGGUUUAUUCAAGAAGUUGAUUAUGAUGAUAUUAAUAAAUGUAAACAACUUUUUGUUGGACAAUUAUUUGGUAAAUCAAAUACUAUUGCUGGUUAUAAAAAUGGAUUGGUAAUUUCUCUUGAUCCAAAAGCUUCAAAAGGAAAAAGGUAUACUUUAUUCACAGAUCAACAAGAUAGUAAUUUCACAAUUAUUAUUUCUGCUAUAUGUCCUGAUGAAUGUAAUUAUGAUAAAGGGCAUGGAACUUGUUCUACUAGAGAUAAAAAAUGUUUAUGUAAAGAUGGUUAUGGAGGUGAAAGUUGUAUAUUAAAAUGUUGGCAUAAUAACACAUGGCAACCUAAAGGAAAUAAUGGAGAUGGUCAAUGUUAUUUUGGAGAAAAAGGAUGUCGAGAUGAUUGUACUUGUUCAGAGAAUUACACAUUAUCUGGACAUUAUUGCGUAUCAGAGAAAUGUCUUAAUUCUAUUCUUUCUGAUGAUUUAGAAUGUUUUAGAGGAACAGAGGGAUGUCUUGAGAAUUGUUAUUGUGAUUCAAAUGAUUACACAGCAUAUUUUGGAAGUUGUAUGAAAAAGACAUGUGGAAAUGGUCAAAGAGAUAGUAUUACUGAUAGUAAAGGAAAUGAAAUUGGAGAAGAAUGUGAUGGAGGAAAGAAUUGUAAUCCUUUUUGUUAUUGUAUAGAAGGAUAUGUUCCAGAUAUUGAAGAUCCAUUGUCUUGUAAAGAAAAAUCAACAAAAGGAAUAUAUCUUCAUGUUGGUAUUGGGUUAUUAUGUGGAUUGAUUGUUAUUAUAUUAAUUGUUACUAUUAUUGGAAUUAUAUUGUAUAGAAGAAUUAAAAGAAUAGAUAUAAGAAUAUUUAAAUUACAACAACCAGUGUAUUAUUAUUAUAUUUCAGGAAGUAAAAAAGUAGAAUCUGAAGUAGACACAAAAUUUAAAAUUAAUCCAGUUUCAUUAGAUUUUGGAAAUAAAGAUGUUCCAACAGAAGUAUUUGAUACUCGAUUUGAACGAAUGGAAAUUAAAAAUAAAAGUGGAAAUAAAUAUAUGUUAAUAAUCUUUCAUACUCCAAAUAAUCCAAAAUUUGUAUUUAAUUUUGAAAAACAAGUUAGUAUAAUAAGACCAAGAAUAACUAAAGAAGUUACUUGUUAUAUGACUCUUCAUUGUACUACAAAAAUUAAUGAUAUAAAAAUUCCUUAUUCUGUUUGGUUUAGUAAAUCAAAACACACACUUAGAGAAAUAAUUACUUUACUAAAAGAAAAAACAUUUGAAGAAUGGACUUCUACAGAUCAAGAAACAAUGAAUAGAUUAUUAAAAAAAGUUACUUCAAGAUUUCAUGGAAGUCUUACAAUUGAUACUACAGCAGCAUCAUCUACUCAUAUUGAUUUAGAUGAAUUAAAUUUAAUGGAAGAACCUAUUGCAGAAGGAGCAAUGGGUAAAGUUUAUAUAGGUUGUUAUCGUAGUGUUCCUGUUGCAGUUAAAAUGUUUCAUUGGGAAAAUUUAACAGAAGAAGAAACAUUAAAUUUAAAAAUGGAUGUUAUUAAUGAAUGUGUAUUAAUGAGUAAAUUACGUAAUCCAUUUAUUGCAAAUUAUAUGGGAUCAGUUACAUAUUUACCACAAGUAUCAAUGGUAAUGCAAUAUUUUGUUUUAGGGUCAUUAGGUGAAUAUCUUAGGAAAGAUAAUGAAAGUUAUAUUAAAUUACCAUAUAAACUUAAAGUUAAAAUGUUAUUUGAUACAGCAAGAGGAAUGCAAUUUUUACAUGAAAAUAGAAUUAUGCAUUUAGAUCUUAAACCAGACAAUUUAUUAGUUAAUUCUUUAUGUCCAGAAUCUCCUUGUUGUAUUAAAAUUACUGAUUUUGGUACUUCUAGAUUUAUUAAAAGUAGUUAUAGUAAUGAAGAUAAAGGACUUGGUACUCCUGUAUAUGCAGCACCUGAAUGUUAUAGUGAUAGGUAUUCAUUUGCAAGUGAUGUUUAUGCAUAUGGUGUAACAGCAUGGGAAAUCUUUUAUGAAGAUGAACCUUAUAAAGAAUUUAAAUCUUUAUUUGAAAUUAAAGAUUUCGUUCUUAAAGGAAAAAGACUUAAAAUUGAUGAUUUUAUGCCCUUAAAUUUAAAAGAAUUAAUUGAAGAUUGUUGGAAACAACAACCUGAAGAACGUCUAGGAUUUGAAAGAGUUUGUAAUUAUCUUGUUCUUAUUUCAUCUUCACUAGAAAAUACUAGUACAUUAGACGAAGGUGUUGAUUUGUCUAAAAUCGAAUCUUUGAUUAUUAAAAGAAAUGAACAUUUAAAUACAUUGAUGAAUGAAUCACAAACAAAAUAA